AUGUUUACAUCCCGACUUCCAAGAACAGUCCCCUGCGGGAAAGAAAUCACGAAAACAACACAAUACCUCAGAUUAUAUUCAACCUCUUCUAAUAUUCCCGACGCAGCAACAAUAGCAUCCUCAUUCCUCAGUAAAUUCCAAUCCCGCGGCCCACAAACCCGCACUCAACUGCUAGACGCAAAUCAACUACAUCUCCUCACACUGACUCUCAAUCGACCACACUUGUACCCUUCAACCACUCCACCUUCUGCUACUUCUACUUCUACUUCUACUGCACCGAAAAUUGGAACUCCGCUCCCACCAGGCUAUCAUCUCGUAUACUUCACACCCUCAUUCCUUGAAUCCGAGCUCGGCGCCGAUGGGACUGAUACAUCAUACAACCCCUCCGCACCAUUUACGCGCCGCAUGUGGGCCGGCGGGGAAGUCAGAUGGCCUCGCAUGAGCGACGGAAAGCCGAAUUUGUUGAGAGUAGGCCAAACGGUCACAGAGACAACUAAGGUGCUAAGUGCGGAGCCGAAGGUUGUGCGCAAAUCGGGCGAGGAGAUGAUUGUGGUGGGCGUGGAGAAGAGGUUUGAGAAUGAGAGGGGGCUUGCUGUUGUUGAUCGGAGGAAUUGGGUAUUCCGUGAAGCGCUCCCGUAUCCACCCCAACCAUCAGCAAGCAGUACAACAGAUAAAAAGGACGAUAUACCAUCCCCAAUAGCCUCAGCAAAGACUCUUUCAACUCCUCAACAAUUCAUCACAGAUGAAGCAGAAGGGAUAUACAGACGCCCCCUUCGCCAAACACCAGUCUCCCUCUUUCGUUUCUCAGCGCUAACCUUCAAUCCACACAAAAUCCACUACUCUUUUCCCUGGUCGCGCGACGUCGAAGGACACCGCAACAUCGUGGUCCACGGGCCACUGAAUCUAGUCAACAUUUUAGAUUUCUGGCGCGAUAUUCAGUUCUCAAAACUAAGAAAGCAAGGGCUAAUAGUGGCUAGUGAGGAAGGAUUGAUUGUACCGACGAGUAUAGCGUAUAGAGCGACGAAUCCGUUGUAUGCGGAUGAGGACUACGAGAUUGUUUUAGAAGAAGAUGCUGAAAAGGGGGGGAGUAGGGUGAAUGUGUUUAAUCAUAAUGGGGUUGUGUCGAUGAAGGCGGAUAUCAAGGCAUGA